UGGUGCAACUUGAUGACAUAAAUGAAUAAAUUUAUCACCUGAUUGACUUAAAACCCUUUAUAAAGGGAAGAGCAUAAGGAUUCUCAGAUCAUAAUAAAUACCCAAAAUCUGUAGCUAAUGUUUCCAUAUUCUUUGUUGAGAGAAUAGUUUUUAAUAGUCUAAGGCAAAGAUCUCAAGAGAGAUUUUCAUGGCGCUGGAAGCUGUGGUGUUUCAGCAAGUUCAUGGCGUUGGUUCUCAACAACAAGAACAAAAGGUUAAUUACUGUAACACUGAGGAAAUGCUUGCUAAAAGUGGAGGCUUCGGUUUCGGUGCAACAUGGGGCACUUCAUUAUUCUCUCCGACGGAACCACCACCAGUCGACGUUCGGUCUUGCCGGCGGAGGAGACGGCGAGAUAAAAUUGUCAAGAACAGACAGGAAAUAGAGAAGCAGAGGAUGACUCAUAUUGCUGUUGAAAGAAAUAGGAGGAGACAGAUGAAUGAUUAUCUUGCUGAAAUUAGGUCUAUGAUGCCCAAGUCUUAUGCUCAAAGGGGGGACCAAGCAUCAAUCAUAGGAGGAGCAAUUAAUUUCGUAAAGGAGUUAGAGCAUUUUCUCCAGUCUUUAGAAGCCCGGAAAAGGAUGAAAAAAGCUCCAGAUAAUUCCAAUCCUUUUUCAUCACUCUUCUCAGAUUUCUUUUCCUUUCCUCAGUACUCAACUGGCUCCAACGGUACCCACCUUAGCUAUGCCGUGGCCCAGAAAGGGUCGUCGUUGUCAUCGUCGUUGCCGACAUCACCGUCACCCGCCGUUGGGGAUGUUGAAGUGACAAUGGUGGAUAGCCACGCAAACGUGAAAAUACGAUCGAAAAAACACCCAAAACAGCUCUUCAGCAUGGUUUCGGGGAUUCACUCUCUAGGCCUUAUCUUGCUUCACCUUAAUGUCACAUCUGUUGAAAAUAUGGCCCUUUAUUCCUUCAGCGUCAAGGUUGAAGAGAAUUGUCAGCUAACAACAGUGAAUGAAGUUGCAGCCGCUGUUUAUGAAAUGGUGGAUAGGUUUCAAGAAGAGGCGACUGCUUAAUUCAUCUUCUCUGAGUUUCAGGUCUUAAUUAUUUGUACUUUUAAGUUAAUUUUAAGAUAAUUGCUUGGUAGAAUGUAGGUAGAGAUGUUAUAGGGCA